GUUUAGUAACGCGGAUGUCACCGUCCCUGACGCGCGUUUUAUCAUAUCACUCUUAUCGUUCCGAAAACUCACGCAGUUUUGGUUGAUGGUUUUUUUGUUAAUUCAAUUUAUCUAUUAUAAUUAAAAUUAAUAUUAAAGUUAUAGAAAAUUUAUAUAGAAUUGUGCUGGUGUCUAAAAGUUUAUAAGUUAAUUGAUUAAUUAGUUAAGUGACUAAUUGUGUGACUGAUGAUGAUGGAUUUAUCAACUCGCUAUUUUUAAAAAAAAUAAUGAAACUGUAAAUUUUACUGGCAAGAUUUUACUUUCAGGACCUGGCUAUCCAAUGCCGGCUAGAAAAGGUCUUCUUGCUCCGCAAAACACAUUCCUCGAUACUAUCGCAACACGUUUCGAUGGAACUCACAGUAACUUUGUGCUGGGAAAUGCUCAAGUACCGUCGAUCUAUCCGAUCGUAUACUGCUCAGAUGGAUUUUGUGAGCUGACAGGAUAUCAGCGGGCGCAAAUAAUGCAGAAAGGAUGCGCCUGCAAAUUUCUCUACGGACCGAAGACGACUGACGAGGAUAAAGCUGAGAUUUACCGAAGCCUCGAGGAAAAAAAAGAGAUAAAGCGCACCGUCAUAUUCUACAAACAAAAUACUACGCCAUUCAAAUGCAUCCUGGACAUAGUACCGAUAAAAAAUGAAAAGGGCGACGUAGUUUUAUUUCUGGCAUCACACAAGGAUAUUUCUAACGAGAAAGAAUUACUACGUGAGUCUGGCGACGGUGAUGAUUUAAACGGUGAUAUUGAUCCUGAAGCACCGUCACCUAAUUAUGGCGGACGAAGAAGAAGCCGGGGGAUUUUGUAUACCCUCUCGGGUCAUUACAAUCAAGACGGCAAGCAUAAAUUGCAUAAUAAGCCGCUUCUCCAUUCCCCGUCGGCGACACCCCUGCCAGAGUACAAAACUUCAGCCGCUGAAAAAUCAUCCUUCACUGUAAGACACUACGGAUCAUUCAGAACAACUUGGGAAUGGAUCACUCUCGUGGCCACUAUUUAUGUCGCCGUAGUGGUUCCUUACAAUGCUAGCUUCGUCAGCACCGAAAGGUCCACCGUAGUUUCGGAUGUUAUUGUCGAGGCUAUUUUUAUUGUCGAUAUACUUCUCAAUUUUCGUACGACUUACGUCAGCAAGAAAGGGAACGUAGUGCUAAGUGGCGGUAAAAUAGCAAUUAAUUAUUUAAAAAGAUGGUUUCUUAUUGAUCUGCUUGCUGCGUUGCCUUUUGACUUGCUCUAUGCGUUUGAUGUUUAUAGUGGUGAGGAGUCUGGCCACAGUCAUAUCCAUUUAGUUAAAUUAACCCGACUAUUACGACUCGCUCGGUUAUUUCAAAAAAUGGAACGGUACUCUCAGUACAGCGGAGUGAUAUUGGCAUUAUUGAUGCUAGCAUUCUCAGUGGUUGCUCAUUGGCUGGCUUGUAUUUGGUAUGUUAUCGCGGAAAGCGAAGGGAGGCACAACGAUAAAGAAUGGAACCUCAGUUGGCUACAUUCACUAGCCGAUCGUUUAAAAAUACCUGUACAAAAUGUAACGCGGACUGAAAGUUAUGUCACAGCGCUAUAUUUCACCUGUAGCAGCUUAACCUCGGUUGGUUUCGGCAACGUAUCGGCAAACACCACCUACGAGAAAAUAUUUUCGAUAAUCGCUAUGUUGAUCGGAGCUCUGAUGCACGCAGUCGUGUUCGGUAACAUGACUGCAAUAAUUCAGCGGGUUUACUCUAGGAGAUCGCUGUACCGUACCAAGUGGCGGAACUUAAAGGAUUUCUUGACCCUCCAUCAAAUCCCAGACCAGCUCAAGCAGAGAAUGCAAGAUUACUUUCAAACUACUUGGUCACUUAACCACGGGAUUGACAUUCACGAGACUUUGAGGGAAUUUCCAGAAGAGUUGCGCGGUGAUGUGUCAAUGCACUUACAUCGCGAGAUAUUAAGCUUGCCAAUAUUUGAAGCCGCCUCGCUGGGAUGUCGGAAAUUGCUGUCGCUCCAUAUAAAAAGCAAUUUUUGUGCACCUGAAGAGUAUCUAGUCCGACGAGGUGACGCGCUCUCAUACAUUUAUUAUUUAACCAACGGCUCUAUGGAAGUCGAGCAGAAUAAAAUGGUCGUCGCCAUUUUGGGCAAAGGUGAUCUAGUAGGCUGUGAUAUAGAUGUACACCUUCAACAUGGCACAAAUGGAGGUGGCGGUGGAUCAGGAGGCGCCGUCGACGUUAUUGUUAAAUCAAGUUGUGAUGUGAAAGCCCUAACAUACUGCUAUCUUAAGUGUAUCCAUAUACAAGGUCUUAUUGAUGUUCUACGUCUCUAUCCGGAGUAUCAGCAUCAAUUUGCCCGGGAAAUCAUUCACGAUCUGACGCACAAUUUGCGUGAAGGCUACGAAGUCGAGCAAGAGUCAGAUAUGAAUGGAGUACCGUCAUUAACAUUGCCGUCCAUCAGUGAAGAUGAUGAAAAUGUUCCAGAAGAUGGUGAAACGUCCCCGUUAUCACCAGCCAAUAGAUCACCUAUGCACAUUACUAGUCCACGGCAUAAAUUCAGAAGUGAUCGAGUUGGAAGACUUGUAAGAGGAGGGUUGAGAAAUCGAGUACAAGUAGUUACUCAAGAAUCGUUGGAGGAUCAUAAUCGCGAUGCGAAUGAACGGCUCGAGGCGACGCAAGUUUCAACGAUGCAUGAAGAUGUUAUUACAUUAAGCGACGAAUUGAGAAACGCAAUUAAAGCGCUGCAGUUAAUGGUACGUACGCCUCGAAGCAAUCCGAGUUUGCCGACUCCAACGGGGCAUAGCAGUUCUGAGGAUCGUUUGCUAGCAAAGAGCUCGUCUUAUUUGCCAGACGAAUUGUCGUGGGGUCCACCUACAAGGCUCAUGGAUGCUAGCACUCAGACAGAUGAUAAUUAUUCAGCUCCCAAUCUUCAAAGCCACGAAGAAUGGGUGAAAAAUAAUCCUCAGAAAGUUUUAGUCAUUCUGGGGCUAGAUCCUGAGUUGAUCGGUACUUCUCAGGGUGUUAGCGAACAAGAGUACCAUCAUUCCACAAAUUCUUCACCGUCUUCUUUACCACCGCCUCCUUAUGAACCUCUUCCGCUAUUUCAUGGCGGUAGUACUCCACAAUUACAAGAGUGUUCACGUUUUCAAACCGGUGACAAAUUGGAUUAUACUCUAUCAGAGAAAAACUCAAGUUCAUCGUCAUCAUCCGUCUCACAAAGAUCAGCGCCAAGUCAAGCAUACCGUGCUAUUAACGAAAUUCCGCAUCGUUUUAGCGCGGGUGACGUGGAAAGCAGGGCUCGACACAGAACUAUGCAGCCAAAAAAUACCGAUACUAUAUCAAAAUCGUGCUGGAUGAACCAUGAUCCUAAUCAAAGCUGAGCUAAUUCUUAUUUUAAUCUGAAUCCUAACUGAAAUUUAUCCACUGAAAUUUUGCACUACAAACUACUAGUAUCAUCUCCGCAAGUCAAAUUUUUUUUUAUACUUAGCUCAUACUUGCUGCAAUUGAAGGCCUACUUCAUGUUUAACUCCUGAAUUUUUUUUCACACUGCCAGUUAUAUUUUUUUUUUUUAAUGAAAAUAAUUUAAUAGUUCUAAGAAUGAAACAUAUCUUUAUACAAAUUAUAGAUGAUUAGUUAAUAUUAAUUGAAAUUAAAAUAUACAAACAAUUAACGAAAUUUAUUAUUAAAUAUUU